ACCAGUGAGGGGCGACAAUGCGCUCAACACAACCCGGAAGAGACGAGAUAACUGUUCAAGGCGUUCGUCUGAAAUAUAAUGGACAAAAAUGGUUGAUAGUUUUGAAACAUUUUCUCUAUAGACAUAGGAAUGUUUUUGCUUAUUUUUUCAUUGCUUCACUCUUUAUUUAGCGACGCGCAGCAAGAGAAACACUUCCUGCACUACAAAUCUACAGUCCUGACUAAAGCAGACACAUUCCCAGAGUUCAGUGCUGUGGGUGUGUGUGAUGACAGACAGAUCAAACACUUCAGUAAUGAAGAAAGAGUCUGGAUUCUGACUGAAGAUGACUGGACUGAACCUCCUAAAGAUCCACCUGAUUCUAGAGACUGGUUCAUUCAUCAGAUCAGGACUCUGACAAACUGUGAAAACUCACAGUGUUCUGGAGUUGUGUCUCUACUGGGGCAAGAAAGUGGUGUUCCUGUGAGUAUCCUUAGAGAUACUGGAGCCUCGCAGUCAUUACUACUUGAGGGAAUUUUACCUCUCUCUGACCAGACUACUACAGGAGCUCAUGUGCUGGUAAGAGGAGUUGAAAUGGGCUGUACUGUUGUUCCUCUACAUAGCAUUGAGAUAAAAUCACCUUUAGUGUCUGGUCGGGUAGUGGUAGGUGUGCGGCCCUAUUUGCCAAUUGAAGGGGUUUCCUUCAUUUUAGGCAAUGAUUUGGCUGGUGUCAGAGUCACUUCUAAUCCUCAAGUUAUUGAGGUGCCUGUGUCAAGCGGGAGCUCUGAUCUGUCUCAGUCUUUUCCUGAUGUUUUCCCAGUAUGUGCGGUGACCCGGGCUAUGGCUAAACAGACUUUUAAAUCCACAAAUGAAAGAGGUGCAGAUUUUAAUUUUAAUCUGGCUGAUACCUUUUUGAGGGAGUCUGGUGGGAAGGAGGUAGAUAAGGAUGUGCCCAUUGAAUUUCCCAUAGUGAUGGGUAAGGAAGAGCUAGAAACAUCCCAGGAAAUUCCUCCUAAAGAGUCUUUAAUUACCAGAGAUCAACUCAUUUUAGAGCAGAGUAAAGAUUCUUCUUUAUCUUCUCUGUUUGAGGAAAUGGGCACUGAACAAGAGGUAAAUGAGCUGUCAUUUGGUUAUUUUCAGAAGAAUGGGGUCCUAAUGCGAAAAUACACCCACAAUCAUUAUCCAGACAAGAUGAGUGGAGCAAUGUCUUUCAGAUUGUGGUACCUCAGGUUUUUCGUGCAGAGAUUCUCAAGUUAGCUCAUGAUUGUAGCAUGGCAGGACAUCUUGGUGUGAAUAAGACAUAUAAUCGUAUAUUGCAAAAUUUCUAUUGGCCUGGUUUAAAAAAAGAUGUAGUAGCUUAUUGCAGGACCUGUCAUGUUUGCCAGGUAGCUGGUAAACCAAACCAGACUAUACCCAUUGCUCCUUUGCAUCUUAUUCCAGCUUUUGAGGAGCCAUUUGGUAGAGUUUUAGUAGACUGUGUUGGUCCUUUGCCUAAAACCAAACAUGGCAACCAAUAUUUACUGACUGUUAUGUGUGCUUCUACUCGCUUUCCAGAGGCCAUUCCUUUAAGGAAGAUAACAGCUCCUGUGGUAGUGCAGGCCUUGUUGAAGUUUUUUUCAAUUUUUGGGCUUCCUAAGACUGUUCAGUCCGAAUCAGGGAUCCAAUUUUAUGUCUAGGAUUUUUAAGCAGGUGCUGAAUCAGUUAGGAAUUUUGCAUUGCCAUUCCAGUGCUCACCACCCAGAGUCCCAAGGGGCUCUCGAGAGGUUUCACCAAACCUUGAAAGCUAUGUUAAAAAUCUAUUGCCUUGAAUUUCAGCGGGACUGGGAUGAUGGAGUACAUCUCAUGCUUUUUGCAGCCAGAGAAGCUGUGCAGGAUUCUCUGGGGUUUAGCCCUGCUCAAUUGGUCUUUGGGCAUAAUGUCCGUGGCCCUUUGAAGUUGUUGAAGGAGAAGUGGCUGGCUGAAGUAACAGAUUCUUCCAACUUACUGGACUAUGUUAGCCACUUCCGAUAUUGACUUAGUAAAGCCUGUGAAAUUGCUCGUUCUAAUCUCGCUGGCUCACAGAAAAGGAUGAAGGCGUGGUAUAAGCGGGCUAAAAAGCGAUCUUUUUCAGUAGGAGAUCAAGUUUUGGCUUUGCUUCCUGUGCAUGGUUCUUCGUUGCAGGCACGUUUUUCAGGGCCUUACACGGUAGAACGCAAGGUUAGUGAUCUUGACUAUGUCAUUUCUACUCCAGGCAGACGAAAGAAAAAUCGUCUCUGUCAUAUUAAUAUGCUGAAGGAGUAUUUUGGUUAGAGAGGGUAGUUCUGAUUUAACUAAUAAUGUGGUGUUACCUUGUGCUUCAGUUAUUUCAGAAGAACUCUGUGAAGUGAUGGUUUCUGCACCCCGAUUGAAUCAUUCUGAAAUUCUUUUUAAUCUUGAGGCUCAUCUUUCUUAUUUACCUCAGGUUGAAAGGUCUGUUCUCGAAGAGCUGAUUAGUUCCUAUUAGGGCUGUAACGAUAUGCGAUAUGAAACCGAAAUCGCGAUACGCAUGUCCACGAACCUGUAUUGCGAUGUGAGAAGGCAGAAUCGCGACACACCCCUUCCAACUCCCAGAGUUAUCCU